GGCUGGUCACGGCGGCCCCUCCCAUAACCCAGCGCUGGGGGGCUCGAACAGCAGCCGUCAGGGCUGCCCCAAGGCCCCGCAGGCCGCUCCUCCCCCGCUCGCCUCUGACUGGCGCUGGCGCCUCACGCGGCUGCUGCCUCUGCGCAGGUUGAAUGUUGAGGACGAAUGAAGAGCGAUGCACAGAAGAUGGCUAAAGUUUAGCGGUUUGGACUGCACUUAACGAAACCGUGCUUGAAAUAUGCACCGCAGUCAAAAGAUAUUGUUUUGCUGAGCCCUUUGAAGCGGACAGGCAUGCUUACAUACAUAAAUGUAGCCCUGAAGUUAAAAUGUGAAGUUGUUCUAGAGAAUUAAACUCUCAACAAGACUAGUUCCAGUGGAUGGCCUAAAACCAUGUCCUUGUCUCGUGUUGAAAAUCCUUGUUUUCUGCUCUUCCUAGCUGUCUUUCAAGCAAUAUUUAUCCUGAUUUUGUACCGAGGUGGAGCAUCGAGUGUGUUUCGAGGAUUUUUAGAUGCACCUCAGCCUUGGGAUUACUCAAAAACACAGGAUGUGUAUACAAAUCUCAGCUUGUUCACCCGAGCUCCUAAUGAAGAAACUAUGCCAUAUUGCACAGCCCAGUCACCGAUAUUUGUUGGUCCAUUAACCAUCACCUUUAAUGCAUUCCCCAGUGAAAGAAUGAUAAUAAAAAAAAAUCCCUUUGUUCAGUUUGGAGGCUGUUACAGCCCUCCUCAUUGCCUGGCUCGCUACAAAUCAGCCAUCAUUGUACCACACAAGAACCAGGAGAAGCACCUGCGACACCUUCUCUAUUAUCUUCAUCCCUUCCUACAGCGCCAACAGCUUCACUAUGGCAUCUACUUGAUUCACCAGGCUGGGAAUGCUACUUUUAACCGAGCCAAGCUCCUUAAUGUUGGUGUCCGGGAAGCCAUGAAGGAUGAAGACUGGGACUGUCUGCUUCUGCAUGACGUGGACCUAAUUCCUGAAAAUGAUUAUAACCUCUACGUCUGUGAUGAAUACUACCCCAAACACAUUGCCAGUGCCAUAGACAAAUUCCAGUACAGUUUGCCAUAUUGGUCCUUUUUUGGAGGUGUCUCUGCUUUGACUCCAGAGCAUUACAUGAAGAUAAAUGGGUUUCCAAACACCUACUGGGGCAGUCGUGGUGAAGACGAUGACAUUGCUGCAAGGAUUCAGUUAGCAGGAAUGAAAAUAGUCAGGACCCCCAUUCAUCUUGGACGCUACAAAAUGGUGGAUCUUGAGCAACACAAAGGGAGUGAAGAGUACCCAAUAAGGCCUGCUCCACUGCAUAACACCAAAAAAACAUGGAAGGAUGAUGGAAUGAAUUCUGUAGAGUUCAAACUCCUUUCAAGAAAGAAGCACCUUCUUUAUACCAACAUCACUGUGGACAUUGGGAAUGCUCCCACGCUGCCUCCAGAGGGUAAAAACAACGAGAAGAGAGCUUGAGUAUUGGUGCAGCACCUGGAAAUUGUACAGCACAGGAGGUGCCAGCCUAUUGUUAAUCAGGAAUUGGAGGUCUACAAUGAUUGAGGAAUUAUUUCCUGCUGUGGGCUUCACCUUUCCUCCAAACAUGCAAGGGUUAAAAGAGAAGUCUUCAGGAAUGAGGCAUGACAACUACUAGACUGGAUUCAGUUUAUUGUAGAGAAUCCCUUUUUAAGCACUGUAAAAUGUGAUGCUUACUGAGCCCUUUACACACCCCCACCCACCCACCUCUGUUGCAGCCUUGAGGAGUACAUCCUUAUUCAUCACCAGGCAAAUCCAUUCCAAGCUGCUACUCUUAAAUCAGUAUCACCCAUUAGCUGGAUAGUUAGUUGAAUGCCAGCUACAUAACCUAGUAUUUUAAAAUGGUAAUUGGGUUAAAGCCACUCUGAGGAGGUGUUUCAUGUUUUGUUUGAAAGAAACCUCAGUCCCAUCUCACUGGUAAAGAGAUUCUCUAGUUGCAGUCUUUCUUGAAAUAAGUUUUUUCUUUAGUGUUAAAUAUUUCCCUUUCCAACUGUUACAUUUUUUUUGUAAAUAUUCUUCAGGAAGUUUAAAUAUAAGAUUUUGAAAGUUAA